GGUGUACAGAUGAAGUAUAUCUCUAGAAAAAUGACAAUCAGAAUUUGUGAUAGUUUUCCAAAAGAGUUCAGUAGUUAGACUGGAUAGUUUGAAGAUAGGUGAUAUGGAUUUGAUCUGCUAACAUAAUGGCUGUGGGUUAAUUCUUUAUAUAAUUCUGUUGAUAGAUUUUGCCCAUGGAUGAGUUGGUACAUGAUUUGGCCUCAGCCCUUGAGCAGACAUCUGAGCAAAACAAGCUGGAUGAAUUGUGGGAAGAAAUGACUCUCAGCCCAAGACAGCAGCGUCGACAGCUUCGCAAGAGGCGGGGACGCAAGCGGCGCUCAGACCUCACACACCAAGCUGAGCAUGCUUGUUGCUACAGUGGUGCCUCUGAAUCCAGUCUAGAUGAAGUAGUGGAGGACUGUCGGGAGGUGCUGACUGCCAACUUCAGUGACUCGGAUGACAUGGCAGGAUCCAAAUGUCAUCCAGCACUCAGUGCCACUGUCAAGAGUAAGCCGCACUCAUGGCAUGAGUCAGACUCAUUCACUGAGAAUGCACCUUGCCGACCAUUGAGGCGCCGCCGAAAAGUUAAGCGUAUGACGUCAGAGGUAGCUGCUAGUCUUCAGCAGAAACUCAGAGUAUCAGAAUGGAGUUAUGAAAAGGGUUGCAGGUUCAAGUCUGCUAAGAAGCAACGCUUGUCCCGUUGGAAGGAAAAUGCUCCUUGGACUUCAUCCACCCGCGGAUUGUGUGACUCAGCAGAGACUAGGGCCUUCCUCAACAAGGGAGGGCGGAAUGAGAGGAUGGAGUGUGAAGCAGAUGAACAGAAGCAGGGCUCUGAUGAAAACAUGUCUGAAUGUGAAACUAGCAGUGUGUGCAGCAGCAGUGACACUGGUCUUUUCACCAAUGAUGAAGGCCGCCAAGGUGAUGAUGAGCAAAGUGACUGGUUCUAUGAGGGAGAAUGUGUCUCAGGGUUCACAGUCCCUAACCUCCUGCCCAAAUGGGGAACUGAUCGUCAGUCUGAUAUGGAACACAUGGAUUCCAACCUUGAAAAAAUCUCAGAUCCAACAUUCCUUCUGCCCUCUCGGCCUGCUACUAGAGGAUUUCAUACUCGUUUGAACCGCCUACCCAGUGUUCUACUCGUUGCUCAGGAGGGUCGUAGAAGGCUGGUUAGCAAGGAGACCAUCAUGAGUGCUAUGGGCACUGAGAGGAUUAGCCACAUCAUUGGUGAUUCCUGCCAAAAAGAUUUCUGGUUGCCAUCAAUGGGAAUGAGAGAUCGCAACCAGUUCAAUCCGUUGUCCCCCCUGUACUCCAUGGAUGUUGUUGCUGACGCUUCCCACCGAAGGUGCUCUCCAGUGCAUUGCACAGCCAGGCAGACUAAUAUACAUCUGGGGCCUCCAUUCUCAAGGGAGAUCAAGAGGAAGCGAAAGCCAAUAAUGGCAACAGCCUCCCUUUCUAGUCCAACCUCAGCUGCUUUAUCCAUCCACAGAGAUACAUCAGAAACUAGCCCACCAGCGACACACACUCAGAGGCACCACAACUGACUGGAUGUUUAGAAUCCAUUUGUCAAGAAGAAGCCCCAUCACUACUACCUGAGGCAGCUUUAAAAAAAUGCCACCACAUAUGGUCCUUGACUGCACCAAAAGAAGGCAGCUUUUCCUCUUCACAGCUAAUUGGGCUGUUACGUUGGACUGCAGACUGUCAGGAUGUUCAUCAGGCACCUUGUCUGGCAUUAACUCUCCAGUGAUAGCAUGUGAUCUGUUUUAUUCCACACUUAAUUGUGUCUGUAACUCCAUGUAAAAAUGUAUAAUCUGUGUUGGGGUUUCCAUACUUAAUAAUGUUUCUGCUGUUGCUGUCCAAGUAUUUGUUAUGCACUCUUAUUUUCAGACCCUGGAGCUGCUGGCUGUACAUGUGCAAAUAUUAUUGGCUAUUGCAAAUGCCUGUCUAUGUUGUAAAACUCUUUGUUUUUCAAAAAUACCCGUUGUUGUAGAGCCCUGUGUUCAACAGGAGGAGUUCUAAUUGCAAUGUAUUCGAGAGGCAGAGCCUCUCUCCUUGGUGAGAAUAACUGCUGAAAACAGGCUAGUAUGUAUUCCUGAUUAUAGUGGAAGGUAGCAGAGUGUAAGCUUUAUAUGAACUAGGUGUCUUGAUUUUUACAUUAGGAACAAUUCCAAAGCUAUUUGUUUGUCAACAUUUUGGGCAGAUAUAUUCCUUUCUAGGCUGUUUUUUAAUGUAGCAUUCUUUUUCCAUGUUUUUUCAUCUUGUACUAUGAAUGUACUCUAGUAUUGAUCCUAAACUAAGGCAGCUUCUCUGUUACCUAGUUUUCCUAUGUCUUACUACACAAGCCAAUGGAGCCAUAAAUGCACAGAUUAGAUGUGUUCUGUUAGGAAGCUUUUGCACUGUAUAAACCUGAAUGCAAAUGGCGAUGAAAAAGGGUACUAGCCUUACUACUGUUUUGAAAGCUGGAGUAGAAAUCCAUCCAAGACAUUAAGCUAGGUCCUAUGUUGAUAUUCUCACAGCUUUUUAAAUAUAAUGUCAUUUCAUAAUAGUCUUUUUGCAGGUGCAUCCACUUACUCUAGGAGCCUUAGACCUUGCAUUUGUAGAUACAUCUGCAUUUUUAAAAACAUGUGUCAUAGGUCCAUGUUAUAUAUGUAUUGGAGAGAAUGAGAGACUUGAACAUGCACAAACUCAAAAGGAUUUUUUCCAGCUCUAUCCCCCCCCCCCCACACACAUCUGUCCAUUCCAGUCCAUUGGCAUCGUAAUGCCUGUGACUGCUCAAGCUUAAUGUUGCAUUCAAAUUAUUAAAGAAAUCCAAACAUUUCCUUUCUUAACAAGUGUACAGGGAAAGGUUCUUCAGUGUUCAUCUCCUUCCCUCUGUAUAUGCACGUGUGUGUGUGUGUGUGUGUGUGUGUGUGUGUGUAGAGAGAGAGAGAGGAAGAGUGUGUGUGUGUAGAGAGAGAGAGAGAGAGAGAGUAUACACAUACAUACAUACACAUAUAUAGUGUAUGUUUGGAGUGGAGCUUUGUCUCUACAACAUGUCCCUCCCUCCCCAUUCUUCAGUAUAUGUAAACACGGUUACAAAAUAGUCCAAAUUCAUAGGUACCAGGAUCAUAUUUUUGGAGUUUGGACAACUGCUAACUCACUGUGUAUUUUAGCACUUUUUAUAGUACAGCUUUUAGUGCUUUUUAGAAAUUACCUAUUUGAAGUCUCCCUUGACAUUUCAUUUUUACAAGAUGCACCCAGAUGUAUAUCUAGAAUUGUAUCUUUGAUUGCAUCCCACUGUCUGUGUGGCACUUUAUGGUACAUGGCCAGUGUGAAUGGAAUCACGCCUUGCUCCUUUGCAUAUGGAAUUCAGCUAUUGGAAGCAAAGUGCUGCUCUUUAGAUAUAGAAAGAUGAUUAAUGUGUUUCAUCUGCUUGUAUAAUGCUUUGAUCUUUUUGCCUUAUCUCAUGAAAUUGUGUAUAGCAUGAUGGCAUAGGAAAAUUUAUUAACUGUAUGCAAAAAUAUUCAGAAGGUGACCCUGGACAUGAUUACCCAUGUGAUGAUAUGGGUUUAUUAGAGCAACUCAUACAUGCCUUACUACUACAGUUUUGUUAGUGACCCCUUUCCUUUUUCAUAACUAUUAGCGAUAAUUAUGUAUUCCAGGAACAGACUCGGAUCUUCAUAAGCAGACUGUUCUCCUUACACACCUUAAAAUUGCCUAGGUGGGAAAAGUUGUUGUUGAUCUAUACAAAGGAUGAACAUUGCAAGGAUUUGUGAGGAGUACUGGUGGUGUAGUGGUUGCUGCCUGUACUGCAACAACCCACUCAGGCUCCAGGGUUGACUCAGCCUGGCAUCCUUCCGAAGUCGCUAAAAUGAGUAUCCAGCUUUUUGGAGGCAAUUCGCUUACACUUUGUAAAACCGCUUAGAGAGUGCUUAAGUGCACUGAUAAGCAGAAUAUAAAUGUAUUCGCUAUUGCUAUUUCUUUGAAUAAUUGGUGAGGAAUUGAAGGUCUUUGAAGAAAGCCACCAUCAUAACUGCAUUGCUUUUAACAAUUAAAUAAAUAUAAUGAUAAUCAGUGAGUGCCACCCAUUUUACCACCCAAAUCAACUCAUGCUGCAUUAUGGGUAUUAGCCUGUGUCCUGCAGAUCUUGUGAAGCUCUUCCUGGGUUUUUUUUUACAAUGUUUAUUUCCAGGAUACAGAACUGAUAAUUGUAGGAGCAUAUUUCAUGAUGCGUUUUAUAUUUAAUACUCUUAAUAACUGAGCUUGGUAAAUGGUAGUGAGUUGCAGUUUCUCUUGCUCCAUGUUUUGUUCAGUAUGUUCUCAAAUUCUUAAUAUACUUCCUCAUAAAGUAGUUGUAAAAUAAUUGAUUGCUUGAAGGAAUCCAGAAAUAGGCCCAAAUUUGUUAAUUUGUAUUUUUAAUGUAAUGUACAGUCCUCCCCCCAUUCUCAUGGUCUUUGGACUUGCAUCCCUCAGUUAUGCGCGAGGGACAAAUGGAGGGAGAAUGAAUUGGGCGUGUGUCUGUGGCACGCACCUGCACACCCCAAUGGGGCUUGAAUAUAUGCGAAACUCCAUUUUUGUGCGGGGGGCCAGAAUGGAUCCCCCCCGAAAAAGGAAGGCUGACUGUAAAAUACUUUUGGAUAUGCACAGCCACUAACUAGUAUACUUAACAGGUCAGAUACUCAGAUUGGAGGAAUUGUUUAGCAUGUGACCCAUGUAAACAGGGCCCUGUGAAUGCCACACAAUAAAUUUCAGACUGAUUUAAAGACACACAUUCUUUUAGCAGAAUAGCCACCAUUCUGUGACUGGAAUACAUAAUAGAAGUAGUGAAAACUCUUCAGAUUUAUUUUAUUAUGACUACCGUAGUUUGGACAAAAAGGCAAUGGAGGUGGUAAGCAGCAAAGUAGAAGGAACUGAAGUAGCGAUGUGACCAGUGCUCAGACAGUUGCCAAAUUCUUCAAAAAAUACUUGUGAUCGCACUGUUGUGGAAUUCAUAGGUCCCUGUAUAUAAACAGAAAUGUGACAAACUGGUGUGGACUUUAGUUUUUUGUCUCACGCUGUGCUACAAUUCAGAUAUAAUGUUCUUCAGUCCUCCAAAUCAUAACUUUGAAGAUUGAUCUAAGCUUUUCUCUUUCUUUUUAAACCAAGUAUCCUGAUGAAAAAGAAAUUGAACUCAGGCUGCUUGCUUAUCUUGUGUCAAAAAGAUUUAUAUGACAAUUUACUGGCCCAGUUAGUAGGGCUAGGGAGCUUUGAGGCCACUGUGUAGUUCUAACUGUGAAUGGUUAACUACCACCUGUCAAUGCAUGGUUCUAUCACAUCAAAAUAUGCAUCGUUCUAGCCCCUUUGGUGGGACAUGGAUAAAUAUUAUAUUGUAAAUAUUUGAUACACAUUUUGAUGUGCAUUGGUGAGGACUGCACAGUUGAAAGGUAGAAACUAUGCUCAGAUACAUCUGACUUGAUGAGGGCUUUUAAUGUAUUUCAGUUCUAUGAUAAAAUUAUGUGUAAAGUGGAGAAAUUGGACAGGGAGAAGUGUUCUACUCAUGUAGUUUUGAAUUUUUUGUUAUCCAGUGAGAUAGAGAAAGGACCAAGAAAAGGAAGUACUUUGUCAUAGAGUGCGUAAUUGAUGGAAUUGUCUGCAAGGAGACUUGUUUAUGACUACAUAUUUAGAAUUUAAAGACAAAUUUGUGAAGCAGUGUGAGACUCAACAGUCAAUGUUUACUAGUCACAAUGGUUAUUUCCAACCUUAGGUUCAGAGGAAAAAAAAUAAUUGAAUCUCAGUUGCUGAAAGAGGGCUGCUGGCUUCAUGUCUUGUUCAUAUGCUCCCCAAAAGCAUCAUCUUGGCCACUGUGAGUACCAGGAUUGUCUAGUUUGAUCUGGCAGUGCUGUGUGUGUGUUGUUUGCCUUCAAGUCAUUUCUGACUCAGGAGAAUCCUAAGGCAAACCUGUCCCAGGAUUUUCUUGCCAAGUUUCUUUGGAAGGGGUUUGCCAUUGCUUCCCUCUGAGGUUGAGAGACUGUGACUUGCCGAAGGUCACCCAGUGGGUUUUCAUGGCCAAGCAGCAAUUCAAGCCUGCUCUCCAUACCUCAGUGCUCAAACCACUCCAUCACACUGGCUCUUCCUUAGGUUUUUAAUUUCUUGCUUUUUGUUACUUUUCUGAUUUAGUCUCAGAAUGGCUCAUCUCCUGUCAAGUAGGUCCACCCUUUUCUGUAGUAGACCUUUCCUUGUAAGUGCCAAAAGAGAUUGGAAGAAAAUUCUGAACAUCAGGCUGACUCUUAGUAGCUUUUUGCAUCUGAUGUGGACAGGCUGCUCAAAACUUCAUGUGCAACUUAACACUCACUGGUUCGUACACUGGCCUUCAUAGCAUAGUUGUCUUUUGCUGCCACCACUCAUAUUUGCCAAGGACAUGUCAAUGAAUCCACAUGGAGAACCAGUACCCAUUAAAUAUUUUACUGUACACAGUAUUCACUAUAUAGUUCUAAUAGCUACCUUCUCCUUUUGUGUGCAGCAAGCAAUUUAAUGGGUACUGGUUCUUCAUGUGAGUUUGUUCACAUGUGUUUGAUUUAUAGCACUUUAGAUCUGAACCUGAAGUGAAGGAAAUGGAGUAAGUAGACACUCUACUCUGUAAUAAAAUCAGGACUCUUGCCACACACAUUAUUCCUUGCUGGUGCUCCAGUUGCUUCUAUAUAGUGGAAAUGGGGAAGGACCAGUCUGUGCUGAUGAUUUUGUCUACUGUACGAUGAUAAAAUAUACAUAGUGUUUGUGCAGCACACCCUAACAGGUUCCAUAUUGAUGUUCUCACAUAGAAUCUACUUCCUGCCUCAUCCCAUCUUUUCACAUGCAUAGUAUCAUUUUGUAAGGAAAAUCAUCCUGCUGAGGAAGGACAACUGGUUAAUAACAAUUGAUUGCUGAAAUCCUGUAAGAAGAAAAACUCACACUUGAAAAUGAAUUUUCUUAAGUGGAAAACUGGGGGAGGGGUAGCCUUUGCUUGAGCACUUGUUUUUGAAACAUGAUGACUAAUUAAGUUUUUCUCUUCUGUCUUUUACAUAGAAUUCUUACAUUAUCUUUUCUCAGAUAAAUUGAGACAUAGUGCCAAAAUGCCCAAAGUGGCAUAUCAAUUUGCAGGUACCACAUUUAGCUUUGUGAUUCUGAUGUGUUUUGUUAUGGUAUUUUGUCCAAUAUUUACUUUAUAUGUAAUUUCUCAGUAGUCACAUCACAGUUGGAGAUUGCCACAGCUUUGGGGCUAUUCUGGUUUCUUAAUAAUGAGCUUAACAGAAGUGCUUGCACUGAAGUCUGUUUCUCACAGAUGUGGUACAGUUUUCUUCCACGUAGAAAAUAAGCAUUUGUGAAUGUUGGAGAGGCCAAGCUAGAAUAUUUCUGACCGAUACAUUAAUUUUCUGUGUGGAGAGAUAGCAUGCACACAUGCUCUCUCUCUCUCUCUCUCUCUCUCUCUCUCUCUCUCUCACACACACACACACACACACGCAUGUACGUCUUGGCCUGUGAUACACAACCACACUCAGAAAUGGUUGUCUGUGUGAAAGUUUAUUCUAAAUGUCUUCACUUUUAAUUAUUGCUCUCAAGACUAAAUUGCGUGGAAGCUUAGUAAACGACAACUGUUUGGAGCUGGGGCAUUUCCUAUGUUUGAAUGUUGAAAUAUCCCCUGGCCAGUUCUGUAAUGCAACAAGCACUUCCACUGGAGUUUUACUCAUGGGAAACAGUGCAAGGCUUCUUGUCUCUUCACAGAAGUCAUUUGCAGGUGAAUUUGACACUCAGCAAGUCUUUGAUUCUCAAGGCCUUUGCAAGUUCCCUUUGGGUCUAGUGAUACAUGCUGUGUUGUGCUUCUGGAAUUUUAUUUUAGAAUAUACUUUUUAGAUAGCAGCUUGUUGAGUAUUUUUAAAUAAAGCUUUUCUGUUAACCAUGA